UCUCAAUAAUUAGUUGCUAAUUAAUUCUUGGUACACAUACCAAGAGCAUAAAUUGAUUACAACAUUAAUUAGGUGCUCCAUACCAUGGCACUUUCAACCUUUCCAACGGUGAACAAGUGUACCUCUAUUGGUAGGGAAAAGCACACGGUGGUUGCGGACAUGGAUGGAACUUUACUCAUAGGUCGAAGUUCUUUCCCUUAUUUUGCUCUCGUGGCCUUUGAGGCUGGUGGAAUUCUUAGGCUUUUGUUCUAUGUCUUGGCUUCCCCUAUUGCUGCCUUGCUUUAUUACUUCAUCUCUGAGUCCGCAGGCAUUCAGGUUCUCAUCUUUGCCUCAAUGGCUGGCAUGAAAGUGUCGAGCAUAGAGUCAGUGGCACGUGCGGUUCUUCCGAAGUUCUACGCUGGUGAUGUUCACCCCGAGUCGUGGCGCGUGUUCUCAUCAUGUGGGAAGCGUUGUGUGCUCACGGCCAAUCCGAGGGUGAUGGUGGAACCUUUCUUGAAGGAAUUUUUGGGUGCAGACAUGGUUUUGGGCACUGAGAUUGCGAGCUAUAAGGGAAGGGCAACUGGGUUGAUUUGCAAGCCGGGGAUACUUGUUGGGAAGAAGAAAGCCGAUGCUCUAAAGAAGGCUUUUGGAGAGGAGAAGCCAGAUAUUGGGCUUGGAGAUAGACAAACAGAUGCUCCCUUCAUGGCUUUAUGCAAGGAGGGUUACAUAGUCCCACCCAAACCCGAGGUGAAAUCAGUGUCAACAGACAAGCUGCCAAAGCCCAUAAUCUUCCACGAUGGAAGACUUGUCCAGAAGCCAACACCUCUCAUUGCCCUCCUCACAAUUCUCUGGAUGCCCAUAGCCUUUCCCUUAGCAUGCCUUCGCAUGGCCGCAGGUUCCCUCCUCCCCAUGCACUUGGUCUACUAUGCCUUUUGGGCCCUUGGCGUCCGUGUCAUAAUUAAGGGCAACCCACCCCCAAAAGUCACAAAAUCUAACCCUAACCCUAACCCUAACAACAACAACGAUUCUGGGGUUCUCUUUAUAUGCUCCCACCGCACCCUGCUUGACCCCAUCUUCCUCUCUGCCGCCCUCGGCCGCCCCAUCCCCGCCGUCACCUACUCCGUCUCUCGCCUCUCUGAGAUCAUCUCCCCCAUCAAGACCGUUCGCCUCAAUCGCGACCGUGCAAUUGACGCCGCCAUGAUCAAGAAACUCCUCCAAGAAGGCGACCUAGCAAUAUGCCCUGAAGGGACAACUUGUAGAGAACCAUUUCUUCUUAGAUUCUCAGCUUUGUUCGCCGAACUCACCGAUGAACUAGUCCCUGUGGCCAUGGUGAACCGCAUGAGCAUGUUCCAUGGAACAACUGCACGAGGGUGGAAAGGGAUGGACCCAUUUUACUUCUUCAUGAACCCUAGUCCUGCUUAUGAGGUCACUUUUUUGAACAAGUUGCCCAAAGAGUUGACUUGUGGGGCAGGAAAGUCAAGCCAUGACGUGGCCAACUACAUUCAACGAGUUAUUGCCGCGACUUUGUCGUACGAGUGCACUGGGUUUACGAGGAAGGACAAGUACAGGGCACUUGCUGGGAAUGAUGGGGUUGUGAUUGAGAAGGGCCAUAUUUUGAAGGCCAACAAAGUUAUGGGUUGCUGAAUUUUGUACUUUCUUUUGAUUUUACACUCAAUUUCAUGGCUUGAAAGGUAAAAAUAGGAGACCAAGAAAUGAAAAUGAUAUUCGACACGGGUGUUGGUGAAAUAAACGAAAUAGUUAAAGGAAUAGGAAGUUAAUUGUAUACGAAGAUGUCAAAUGUGAAAAUAAGUUUUAUACAAAGUUGUUGAAUUUAAUCUGUACUCCUUUUUUAAGGUUUUAUUGUGGUCAUUGUCAUAUUUAGUUUUGUGGUUUGAAAGGUGACAUAGUAAGAGAUGGAGAAAUGAGAUUGAUGUGACUUUGUGAAAUAAUUAAAAGAAAAGGAAGUUAUUAUGUUGAUUUAUAU